CAGAUGUCGGGACAGACGUUUUGAUCGAGGGAACUUUACAGCCGAUACAAAUCAUGGAAUUGCCCAGCUAUGCCUCAUUUGAUGGAAAUGAAUGGGCCCCUUACUUCUGGAGUAAUGGCGUCGGAAACUCAUCCCACUUUGCAACCCUGGCGACAGAUGACGCGCACAGCAACGAAAGCGACAUUUUAGGAUGACAAAAUAAAGAGCCAAUCCCCGCCUGGAAGAGAGGAGCAAUUCAUGAAUCGACCAAUGGCAGCGUCUAGGACAACUCUACGGAAACAAUUGCUGAAGUUGAGCUGGACUUGUUUUGUUUUCGUUAUCUACCCAGGCCGACGCUUUUAUAACGAUGUGACGGUUAAUUGGCAGUUCAGUCGUUAAUAAUAGUAUCUGAUCCUUGAGGUGAUGGGGUCCUUGAAGAUCAACGCUGGACAGGAAAGUCCAGCGGUGACGGUCACAGUGACACAGACCAAGUUGGUAUGCCAAGGAGUAAACAACCAGACCCACGUCUGUGAAUCAGGUUACUGCUGUGGAGAGACUCAGUGCUGCAGCUACUUCUAUGAACUGUGGUGGUUCUGGCUGGUGUGGGCUCUCAUCAUAAUCCUUACAUGCUGCUGUGUGUGUCAGCACUGGCGCGCCAAGCAGCGCUUCCAGCAGCAGCGCCGCCAGAACGAAAUCAACCUCAUCGCCUACAGAGAGGCUCACAACAACUUUCGACUGCCCCUGUAUCUCAGAUUUUUGCCCUCCUACCUUCUGCCAGCCUAUGAAGAGGUAGGUGACCACCCAGCCACACCUCCUCCUCCUUACACCCCUAUCCAGUCAGCACCUCCACCCACAGACACUCCUGAAGAGCGCCUCCCAUCCUCAGUCUCCUCCACCCCCAAUGAUGCUGAUGCACUACUUCCAGCAACUCCAGAUCCUACGCAGACCCACUGUCUCAGCACUCACAACCCUAAUAAGGACUUUACGGCAGGCAGGUUCCGGCGCUUCACAGGGGAUUCUGGGAUUGAAGUGUGCGAUGGCCAGGAACUGUGGGAGCAGCAUGGUUUUUCAGAAAGAGAAGAAGAACUGGAGGACGAUGGGACAGGUCAAAAUGAAGGCCCAUGUGAUCACGCCGUCUUUGAACGCAGUCAUUCGAGUGAAGCGGUCAGUCAUGAAAGCUCAGAUGUACCUACAGCUAUGGACGCAAAGGCACAGUCUAUCAGAUAAUUCACAAUAACGACUUUAAUAACAGCAGAAACGAGAGACUGCAAUAGUAAAUGUAAUAAUAUGCCUUUGGUGCUCAGCAUAUCGGUUUGUAUAUACAUGUAAGCUAGACUAAUACCAGUGUUGGUGACAGGCCUGGAGACAAAUGAAAGGGCUUAACUAAUUUGAUUUACUCCUAAAUAGCUGCAAUCUGAAGCUGCAACAAGCAGCUUCCAGGGUUACGAUCUAACACAUCAGUCCAAAAUCACCUGCAGGUGUUCAUGUGAGACGUGAGUGUCUGAGGACUAUAAAAAUGUAAUUCAGUCAUUCAGUAAUCCCUCAUGAACUAUGAAUGGGGGCAUUGUCAUCCUUGAAGAAACAACUCCCAUUAACCUGGAAUGUUUCAUGAAGAUCAGUCAGAACAACUUUGCACUGACUCUCUGUGAUUUUCUCUAACUGAGAAGCAUAACAGAGCUGCCGCCUCUUGCUGAGGCUAACUGCAGAUUGGAGGACAGGUCAGCCCCUCUCCAGGAGACUGGUUCCAGAGCCCAAGCUGGAUAUUGAAGUGAAUCGAACUAUCAGUCUCUGUCAGCCUCACACAAUACCUCAGGUUCCCCAGCAGAAAGGUGACAUUCUAUCUCCCAAGAGUCGGAUUCAACACUUGAGGAUCAGACCACCGGGGCCUCCGCCCUUGACUGCCACCCAGUACACAUUGCGCCUGAAUCCUAAGGGGUCUUCUGCAGGUGGCGAGCCCACAAGAGGGCGGGGCCUAUGUUGCCUUUUUGGGCUGCGCCAGACUGGGCCCCAUGGACUAAGGCCCAGCCACAAGACGCUCUCCCUUAAGCUCUGUCCCAGGCUUGGCUCCAGGGCGGGGCCCUGGUAACCCUGUCCUUGGCAGAGUAAACUGCUCCUUGGAUUGUUUGCUCACAGGGGUUUUGUGAAUUGCUCUUCAUCUAGCCCCAGGACCAGUUUGCCUUGGGAGACCCUACCAGGGGAAAAAACCUCCAACAACUUUGCCCCUGGGAUCACUUGGAGACACAAACUCCUCCACCACAGUGAGGUGGCAGUGCAGAGAGGAGACUGACAUUGUAUUCUGACAUUUUUUUUUUACAAAUGAUACGUUAACUUCUUUAGAGCAAAGAAAAGCGAGCUGGUCAAGUAUUCAAAAGCAAACUGUGGUGGCUCUGAAUGUGCCUUGAUAAGUGAUAUAAAUAAAACUAGAAGGUUGUUGAAGCUGUUGAAAAACAGCAGCAGCAUAUUGUUGAACUAUUUGUACACUGCCUAUUCUCCUAAUAUAGGGUUAAUUAUUUAAAUGAAUCCUGUUGAAAACCCUUGUUGGAGUCUGGUCUCCUGUCACACUGGUGUUACAUGAGGUAGUCUUUUCUGUUGCUAUUGUGCCAUAUGGUAUGGCCUUUAGUAGAGAAUAUUUAAAUGAUCCUAAUCAAACCUCUGGGGUAUCUGACUUGGAGCUGAUAACUGAAUUGUGCGACAGUGCACUCAGUGGUAAAUCGAUCAUCAUGUAGUCAGUGCUCUGCAAUGCUGGAUUUGUGUUUCCUUUCAGUUUGAACACAUCGGAUCUGGUGCAACACUGCAAAACAACUGAUGUUUGUUUGGAAACUCCUGAUAAUAUCUCUAUCUAUAUUUUAUGUUUAAAGCACACACAAGUAUUUUACAGGGAAUUAGUGGUUUUUGUAUCCAUGUGUGUACAAAGGGAAUGACUGACUGUGCAGCUAUGUAUGCAUGUGUCAGGCUCUUAGCAAACUGACUGCUAAUCCCAAACCUUUUGGUGCACUGAGGGAACCAACUGAGAACUUUUCCAUAUAUGCAACAUUGAACAAUGGUCCUAAGCCCAUGGUGCUACACUCUAUAUGUUCUUUAUAAUCAUUCUCUGCCAAAUGAAAUUAUAUUUUUGUUGAAUUUGUCAAAAAACU